AUGGGUGAAUCCAAUGUGAUUUUUUCUUUAAUUGGAGGUGUUUUCAUUUUAACAUGCAUUUUGCAAAUCCAUGGAGACAAUAGUUUAGAACAAUCAGAAUUUGAAUAUGUGUUGUUGAAUAAUCAGAAUCCAUGCAAACGUGAAUGUCAAUCGAAUAUGCCACCAAUGGUUUGUAAAUUUAAAUUUCGUAUUGAAUGGUACUUGACAAUGAGUAAAGCAUGUUAUAAUUGUCCGUACAAUGUCACCGAUUGUUUUCGUCCAGAUUGUGUAGCAGCUGAUGGUGUUCGACGUGCAAUUGUUACAAUUAAUCGACAAUUACCAGGACCAUUCAUUGAAGUUUGCAAAGGUGAUUUAGUAAUUGUUGAUGUCGAAAAUGAUUUGGGUGAUGAAGGAACAACAAUUCAUUGGCAUGGACAACAUCAACGAGGUACACCGUAUAUGGAUGGUACACCCACCAUAACACAAUGCCCAAUUUUACCAAAAAAUACAUUCCGUUACAAAUUUUAUGCAAAUCAACCUGGAACGCAUUUUUGGCAUUCACAUAUGGGCUUACAACGCGGAGAUGGUGCUUUCGGUGGAUUUAUAGUGCGGAUACCAAGAGCAGAAGAUCCACAUACUGAAUUAUAUGAUUUGGAUCUAUCUGAGCAUCAAAUAGUUUUUUUGGACUGGGAUCAUACUGUAGGAGUUGAACGUUUCCAAGCGCAUCAUCAAAGCGAUGGCGAUAAUAAACCCCCUGGCUUAUUGGUUAAUGGUCAUGGAAAAUUCCAAUUGUUUCCAACAAAUGAAAACGGAACAGAAUUACAUACACCUUUUGCGAAAUUUACAGUAUUACAGGGAUUCCGUUAUCGUUUUCGAAUGAUAAAUUCUGGCUACUUAAAUUGUCCAAUUGAAGUGAAUAUUGAUAACCAUGAUAUGUUAGUAAUUAGCAGUGAUGGAAAAGAUAUCGAACCAGUACAAGUUUCCUCAGUGGUAACAUAUGCAGGAGAACGUUUCGAUUUUAUAAUAUAUGCAAAUGAAACCAUUGAUAAUUAUUGGAUACGAUUCCAAGGUUUGAUGGAUUGUGAUCAACGUUUUACCAGUACAUUCCAAACAGCAAUAUUACAUUAUGAUGGAGCUCCGAACGCAGAGCCUAUUGAAGAAGUUCAUUAUGAGACAGCACAUAAAGAUGGCAUGCAAUUGAAUGCACUAAACACACCAGAAGGCGAUCCAGAUUCCAUACUGAUGUCACAAGUACGAUCCAUUGAAUCAAAUGAUCCAAGUUUGAAAGAAAUACCGGACAUGCAACUAUUUUUAGCAUAUGAUUUCAACCCAACAGAUAAUUCAAAUUUUCAUCGCAAAGAUUUAUAUGGAUUUGACCAAAUUGCACCAGGUGAAUUACGAACAUAUACACCACAAAUCAAUCAUAUAACAAUGCGUUUACCAAAAUUCCCAUUAAUGCCCGAACGCAAAUGGAUUAAACCAGAUAUGUUUUGUAACGAAACGACAAUGGUCGAUUGUGAGAAUCGAUUUUGCGAAUGUACAUACGUUUAUCAGAUACCAUUGAAUGCUGUCGUCGAAUUGGUAUUUAUUGAUCAGGGAUUCACCUAUGAUGCAAAUCAUCCGUUACAUUUACAUGGACAUUAUUUCCGUGUGAUUAGUAUGGAUAAAAUUGGAAAGAAUACAACUGUUGAAGAGUUUAAGGAAUACGAUCGUUUAGGAUUAGUGAAACGAAAUUUGGAUCGGCCUCCAUUUAAGGAUACUGUGACAAUCCCUGAUGGCGGUUAUACAAUUGUUCGGUUACAUGCAAAUAAUCCAGGGUAUUGGUUAUUCCACUGUCACAUUGAAUGGCAUUCAGAAAAUGGUAUGGCAUUAAUAUUUAAAAUUGGUGAACAUAAUCAAUUUCCACCCGUACCGAAAAACUUCCCAAAAUGUUAUGACUAUCAUCAAACGUCAGAUGAAAUAUUUACAAAUGAAGAUGACGAUACAACGUUACUAACCAAUUCAAUUGCUACAGAUAAAUUUUUACAGUUAGCUUUAGAAAAUAGCACAUCACCAAAACCAAACGAUACAAACUUUUGGUGGCCAUUCGAACACAGUAGUAGUAAUUAUUUACUGCCCACAAAUUUAAUGAUAAUUACAUUAUUUAUAGUUGCUCAAUUAAUGAUUUAAGAAAAUAAGUUCUCAAUUUUUUCGUUUUCGAAAAGUGCAAUUAUUCUAUUUCUAGUAGGUAUAAAUGCGCCUAGUUUAUAAAUCACUGAACAAAGUAAACGAAUUUGCUUAGAGGAAGAUUCCUAUUUGCAUAAUAUCGAACAUUCCUAAGUAUAAUAUCCUAUAUAACAGGCAAAAUAAGAGAGUCCCUUCCUGAAACGCCACACAGUAUUUGACAAGAGUAUAUGUAAUUUUCUCUUAUUUGUAAAAAAUACAUACUAUACACUCCAUAGAAAUAAUAGCAUAGAGCUGUAUAGACAUAGGAAACGCAAUAAGUGAAUUCUUGGCCGCAGUGAGAGAGGUAGAAAGAGACAGCAAUUGUAGGCGUACAAGAGAGAUGAAAGCAGCUAUACACGCCCAUUUUAUCUGUCUCUAUCUACUGCGAUCAACCGUUUGGCCGGUGACUUUGAAGCUCUAUGGUGUUAUCUCUAUGAUACACUCUGAGUGGACAGAGGAAGAAACCGAACGUAUUAUUAAUUUCAUUCCCUACGACUAAAAUUUAAAAUAAUUUUUCCCCUUUGUUUUUUCUAAAAACCUAAAUGCCUCUAAUGAAGGCAAAACUAAUGAAAAAGAUGGUUAUGACAAAGCGCAAAUAUAAUUUAUAAACUAAAACAUAUCCUAAAAAAUAUUUUUUUGUCAUACAAUUAUUUAUGUAAUCUCAAAUUACAUGAGAACUUAAGGUAUUUCUAUCGGGGUGAGAAAUAACGCAAUAUCUUACAAAGAGAAAAAAUAUGGUUUUAAAUAUAGUAGUUGUAUUAGUGCAGUGAAUCUGUCAACGCUACAACACAUACUCUCAUAUAUUGCUUAUCCGUGCAGACAGUAUAGCAAGCAGUACAUAUUCACAGCACAGAAGUAAAUUGUAAAACGUUGCCGCUUGUAUAAUUCACUUCUGGGUUGAACUAUAAAUAUUCGUAAAAAAAUAAUCUUUGUUUAUUGUUUCUUCGUAAACUAAACGGUCAAUUACAUCCUAUUUAGGCUCAAAGCAUUCCUAAUUUGUUUAUUUACAUGUAUAUUCGUAACGUGUUAAAUAUCGAUAACUUAUAUUUCGUGCAAAACUACUUUUAGUCUCAUUUCGUUAGAAAUAUCUUAAUAAUCAGAGUAUUAUAAAAAAAGGCUGUGUAAUUUAAAAUUGAUUAUAAAUAAAUAUUUUUUGUAAAAUCAUCGUAACUAAGGCCUAGUUUCCAGCAUUAGUCGAGCAAAAGGCAUGUUAGACAAAACAAGCCAAACCGACCGAAGUCAAGUACCAUACCCAUUACUUCACUGCAUUUACAAAAGAUCGUAUUUAAAAUUUGAAUUUUUUUUAUUAACUCUAUAUAAGGCUUUUUUGUUCCUCAAACUCUCGAAAAGCGAAAACUCACAUGAAACGAAAAACGACAUAAAUGGAAUCAAUUAAAAAUGAAUUUGAAAUUUCGACAGAGGACCUCUUUGGAAUUACAAUAGCGAUAAGCUCGGCUAAUGUAAAAUAACCUAAGUAUUUGUAAAUAUAAUACUCG